AUGGCCUAUGUGGUAAAGCAACUUCUCACCUUUUGGAUAGAUAAAACGUUGGGCGUGUCUCCUGGUGCCAGCCAACGAGAGAUUCGCACCGCUUACAAGAGAGAAUCUUUAAAAUCCCAUCCAGACCGAGUGCCUGAGGGCUCACCCGAAAAGGCAGCACGGACACGCAGGUUCCAGGAAAUCAAUGACGCAUACUAUACCCUCUCGGACGAUUCACGUCGACGCGAAUACGAUGCAAGGAGAAACCUUGAGCAAGAGGUAGAUGAGGAAGAGGAAAUUCCGAGUAGCGAUAAUGGCUUCUGGUCGUCGUUCGGAUUUGGAUCUGCGGAUCGUGAGGAACGAUCGAAUGAGCAAUUCGGGUCGGUGUUCGAGGAGAUGCUCCGUGAAGAAGGGAUGGAUGGCAGCGGGACGGAGGGAUCAAACUCACAUUUUUGGUCUAUUGUUGGAGGAGCAAGCGGAGGAGCACUUGGGUUUAUCGUGGGCAACGCACCAGGUGCUAUAGCGGGUGCCGUUGCUGGAAACCGUCUAGGAGCCGUGCGGGAUGCUCGGGGCAAAAGUGUCUACGAGGUUUUCUUGGAGCUACCAGCAAACGACCGCGCGCGACUGCUAAGCCAACUGGCAGCCAAAUUUAUCAUCAUGUCUACUGUUGAAGGUGCCGGUGUCUACCCGGCUUUAGAAAAUCGCCCAUUGAAAGACACAAUUUGCCUUUUCGACGUUGAUAACACAUUAACGCCUGCAAGAAGGCAUGCCACAGAUGAGAUGCUCCAAGUCCUCUCGCAAUUGCGGCAAAAGUGCGCCAUUGGUUCUGUUGGCGGAUCCGACUUCAAUAAGCAGCAAGAACAACUUGGCUCCUCGAGCGUGAGCGUUACUACCCUCUUCGACUACUGCUUCGCCGAGAAUGGCUUGACUGCCUACCGCUUGGGAAAACCUCUUGCUAGUAAUAGCUUCAUUCAGUGGAUCGGAGAAGAGAAGUACCAGAAGCUGGCCAACUUCAUUCUCAAAUAUAUUGCGAACUUGGACAUUCCGAAGAAGCGGGGUACUUUCCUUGAAUUCCGCAACGGAAUGAUCAACGUUAGUCCCAUCGGCAGAAACGCUUCUAUUGACGAGCGGAAUGAGUUCCAAGAGUAUGAUCGAGUGCACAACAUCAGAGAGCCAUUUGUGGAAGCUCUCAAGAAAGAAUUCCCCGAUUACGGCCUCAGCUACUCGAUUGGAGGUCAAAUAUCGUUCGAUGUUUUCCCCUCUGGCUGGGACAAGACCUACUGUCUAAGACACGUCGAAGCUGAAAAGGAUAUCUCGGGUAUCCAAUAUAAGUCAAUUCAUUUCUUCGGUGACAAGACCUUCCCUGGAGGCAAUGACUACGAAAUCUAUGACGACCCCAGAACAAUUGGGCAUUCCGUUAAUGACCCAGAGGAUUGCUUGAAGCAGCUCAAGGAAUUGUUCCAACUAUAG